ACCAUGACUACCUCCCGAUCUGGCUGGGGGUCAGAGUCGAGUAACCGACGGCCCUUGAGCCCAGAGGAGCAGCAGUCAGAGCGAGAGCGGAUGCAUGACAUGGUCCGGGAGUUCGCCAAGCACGUCGUAAAAGGCAUGCAUGGCCAUCUUCUGAUCCCUGGCGGCGCCUUGCACCCGUGCACCUACGCCUUUGACAAGGCACUACGCGUCUUCACCGUUCAGGUGGAUGGCGAACCAACGCUUCAGUUUGAGCUCGCGCAGGUCGUCGAGGUUAAGAAGGACCUUCGAGGUACACCCUUCGCCGCGCUAAUGGACUUACCUCCGCCCCAUGCUGUCUCGGGUGAGCAGCUGAAGAAGCGAGCCGUCUCCCUCUUCUAUCGGUCCCAGAAGCAGGACCAAGAAGUGCUGGUACUGCUUUUGCCACAGCAGUAUGAGCAAGAGCGCUUCUAUGUGUGCAUGAAAAUUCUGAGGUGGGCUUUGGAGAUCGAGAUGAAGCCGCGAAUGAACGCUGACAUCUGA